CUCUGAGCUCUGCUGACAUUCCCAACCAGCACUGCAGGGGAGAGAACUGUGCGUGUGACAUACAACAAUAAGACUGUGUGUGUGUGUGUGUGUGAGGACUCUAACAGUGUAUCUCACACACUCAUUCUGAGCUCCGGGCUUCGGUACGGCUGCAGGACAGACGGCUGCCUUCGCUGUCGAUCUGGAAAAAGAAGAAAGCUAAUCUGAGCGGCCGGUGUGGUCUGUUUAUUUCUGCCAGAGGGAGAAGAGAAGAAACAUGUCCAACGCUCUGCUGAGGAGAAACUCCAGCAAACAGGGUUUACAGAACCUGAUGAGGCUGACAGCCCAGAGGAGCAUCGAGGAUGCUGAGGAGGUGGAGAGGGAGCGCCGUCGGAGAGCUCGGGAGUCUUUACGUUGGAGGAACAGCGGCUCGGCUCCGGGAGAGUCCUCACCAGAGGGCGAGAUGCUGCCAGAGGACGUGUACGACAGCAGCCUGAAGCCAAAUGCUUCUCAGUCUCUGGAGGAGGACGAAGGCUUCAGUGACUGGACUCAACGCAGAGAGAAACGGAGGCAGCAGCGCCUGCAGGAGCUCAGCCGAGGAGCAUACGAAGACGAGUACGAAGAGGAGGACAAAGCUGUACCCAUGAAGAGCACCAACGCCUCCGUCACAUCUCUCCAGCUUCAGAGGCAGGAGCAGGAAGAGAGAGACAGGGUGGAGAUGGAGAGGAGGAAGGAACGUGAGGAGGAAAUGAUCCGAGCUGAGAGAGCAAAGAGGGAGAAACAGAGGGAGGAGGAACAAAGACAGAGGGAGGAACUGAUCUCAAAGAGGAGUGAAGAGAUUCAAAGGCCAAAUACAGAGGUGGAGAAACGAAAGGAAGUCAAAGUCUCCUACACAUCGAAGGUUUUUCUUCACCAAGAGCCAAAACACAGCAACUCAAACGGCAAUGCAGCCAAUGAGGAAGUGACAUCAUUUAUUACCAAGACAAAGAGAUCCACUGGUGUUGUGUGUAGAAGAGCUGUGGAACCAGAGGAGGCGGAGGCCAUCCUGGAGACGGAGCAACGUCUGGAGAAGAUCCGGCGGAGCCUCCAGGAGAAGGAGAGCCAAGAGAUGGAGCAACUGAGACAACGACAGGCCGAGGCUGAGCAAGAGCUGGAGGAGCUGAAGAGGAGGAGGGAGGAAAGACGACAGGUCCGACAGGAAGAGGAGCGUCGGAGGGAGGAGGAAGAGCAGCAGCGGCUGGCCAAAGAAGAGGAGGAGAGGAGACGCAUGAAGGAAGAAAUCGAGAGGAGGAGGAUGGAGGCCGCUGAGAGGAUGAAGAGCCUGAGUACAUCCAGUGUUGAUGAAGACGAGCUGUUCAGUCCCUUCAGCCCAAAGGUUUCCACACAGAAGAUCACAGAGAGAACCGAGUCCCUGAACCGCUCGCUGAAGAAAAGUAACAGCUUCAAGAAGACGCAGCCUCUCGUCCUGACAUCCAAGAUUGAUGACAAGCUGGAGCAGUACGCCCACGCUGUGGAGAACUCUCAGGAGGCUCGGGCAGCGAAGGCAGCAGUGAGUGACCUGCCCCACUCACCUGAGGUCGUCGCCUCCAAGAAGAACCUGUUUGAGGCUGGAGAGGCCUGGAGCCAGAGUCCCAGCAAGGGAGCCACCUGCAAGGACACUGAGGGUCUGAAGGUGGGCGUGGCCAAUCUGAUCAAUCAGUGGGUGAAAGGCCCGACAGACGGCAGCAGACAGCUGAGCAACAGACCGGCUGACGUGAGGCCCGGAGAUGUGAUGCAGAAGAAGAACAUGUGGGAGAUCAUUGGAGACUCGUCAGGGAGGCCAGGGCUACAAGUGAAGAGCUCAGCAGCUAAUAAAAAGUACAAAUUUGUUGUCACUGGACACGGAAAAUAUGAGAAGAUUUCUGUGGAUGACGAGAAUGAAGAGUUCACCAACGGAAAGUCUGGUCUAUGUCACAGUGAUUACUGAGGUGAUGUUGCUCUUCAGAUGGUUUCCAUCUUGAUCUCACAACAACGUGCUGACAAUAAAGAACCUAAACAAGUAGCCAGAACCAGAAAAACUCCACGAAUCCCUGCAGGGAAAUUACUUUGUAAAGGUUGCUCAAGAUUGUGGAGGUUGUACAAUUAUACAAGAAAGCAACGGCUCCGGUCCAAAACAUUCGAUCAUUUAAUGCUUAUACUGUAUUUGACCAGUUUUCUUUGUUUCUGGGUUUUCUUGUAUCGCAUUCCUAGAAUUAUGUAUAAAUCUGACUGUGAAAUCAGUCUUCAAGUCUAGUUGAUCCCUGUAUGACAAUGAUUUGUAAAUGAUUCAUUUUUUCUAAUAGAAAUCAUCUCCAUUUAAGAAAUGUAGACACAUUGGAUCACACUUUCACAUGUUACUUGUUCUGCACUUAGACUUUUGCUAAAGAACAAUCUUUAAGUUAGGCUGGGGUGAGAAGUGACCACAAAACUGUAAAUAUUCUGGUAAUGAGUGUAUCCUAAACCAUAUCGUGUUUAGGACAAAUUUUUCCAAAUUUUUCCAGCUAUCAACCUGAAAUUUGGAAUCUGUUUCACACACCUGAACCUGUUUUAGUUUUACCAGCUGGUGCCUUUAGUUUAGCUUCAGUCACCUUUAAUCUUGGUUAUGUUUCUUUCUCUCUCACCAAAGGUACUCGGUUAGGUGGAAACACGAAAAGUACUUGGUUAAAGUCGGGAAGAAACCAUCGUUUGGGUUAAAAUACACAUUUUUAUGGUGGAAAGUACGUGUUGCACAGUGAUUUUUGAUAGUGACAUUUACCACCUGAGGGUUUCCAUGCACUUCUUCACACAAACACAUAAUCUGUUCCACUGUUUAUCCCUGAUUCCGAUUAUAACAGCCGACUGAACCUGCUGGAAGGUAAAGUGAUGUGUGUGGCACUGAUAACACCAUUCAGUGGGCUGAUAACAUCCAACCACGUGACAUUUUUCACCUUUAUUGUCCAUUCACUGCAAUGCUUGCCUGUAUGUGUUUAUAACUUUUUCUUGAAUAAAUUAAAAUCUUUUUUAAAAA